AUGCCGCCACGUCACACCCUCACUGGCGCCGCGCGGGUCGAGGCAAUGCCACUGCCGCAGGUUCCGCUGGAGCCAUUGCCACAGCCUCCCCGCGCCCCUGAGGGCGCGCUGAAGAGGCGGAGGGGGACGGAGUUUGCGCGCAUGGUGGCGGACGCGAAGGCGCUGGGGGCAGCAUGGGGCGUGCCGUGCAUUGACAGUUGCACGCACACCUCCCCACCACACUCACGCCCCUCACCACCUCUCAACCAUCCGCCACUCAAUCAGGAUGUGGUGUGUACGGGGGACUCGGACGCGUUUCUGUUUGGAGCCAAGGCCGUGGUCCGAGACAUCUGCCUGCACAAAGGUGCGCAUGGGGAGAGUGUGUUGUUAGAAUGGGUUGCGAAGGGGUGCAUGGGCGAAAUGAGCAGCCAAUGCGGUGGUUCGGGCGCUGUGGGAGAGUUUGGCAGGGAUGGAAUGGAAGGGCGUGGCUACAGUGCAAGCACCUUGUAUCCUCCUCCUCCUCCUCCUCCUCCUCCUCCUCCUCCUCCUCCUCCUCCUCCUCCUCCUCCUCCUCCUCCUCCUCCUCCUCCUCCUCCUCCUCCUCCUCCUCCUCCUGCUCCUCCUCCUCCUCCUCCUCCUCCUCCUCCUCCUCCUCCUCCUCCUCCUCCUCCUCCUCCUCCUCCUCCUCCUCCUCCUCCUCCUCCUCCUCCUCCUCCUCUCCUUUUGCACCUAAGCCUUCCCCCUCUCCACGUGCUCGCUGUUCUCCCUGCCGCGCUGAUACCAGGUGCCAACUGGGCUGUGCUAUACACUGCAGCGGACAUCGCAGCUUCACUCAGCCUCGGCCGAAACUCACUCAUCGCCAUGGGGCUUUUUCUUGGCUCAGACUACUCACAGGGCGUCUCCUCUGCUCCCACUCUUCGUGCCAGGUCAAACGAACCCCUCGCAUUCCCUCUCUAUCACCUCCUCUUCCCCAACUUCACCCACCAGCAAGGAGCGGUGCAGAGGGUGGCAGCACUGGGUGAAGACGGCGUGCUAGCAGCGAUAAGAGAAAGAGGCCUGGCUGCCAUUGCUGCUCCCAAAGCUCGCAGGAGAGCGGGACCCGGCACAGGGGCGCAAGGGAAGAAAGGACAGCAGAGGCGGAAAGGAGUUGGAGGAGGGGAAGGGAGAGGCAGGGGAGAUGUAACAGAAUCGAGAGAGAGCGGUAUGAGUGGUUGUGUUGGUGUUGGUACAGGGGGUGGCAGUGGGGCAGAGGGGAAUCCGUCAGCAGGAGAAGGAGGGCAUGAGCAAGGCGCGAGAGAGAUGGAGGACGGGGGGGAAGAGCAGGCAAGGGAGGAUGCUGCGAGGGUGAUAGAGGCGUUUCUGAAUCCUCCAUGUCACGAUGCUGCAUCGGAUGCUGUCAAAAGUGCGUUACAGAAGCACUGCAGCCCUUCAUGUGUUGACAUCGUCGCCUUCUGUGACAGGCACAUGGCAUGGCCUGCUGACGUCACAGCACGGUACAUUGGGUCAAAGCUAGCAGAACGAGACCUCAGGCGCUUGCUGCUGGUGCGGCAGGCAGCGGAGAUCUGUGUGACACCAGGGAAGGAAGCUUCCAGGAAAGCGGAUGAAGUAGGGGGGAUGCUGGAUGGAGUGAGGUACAGGGUGGGCGGCAUAGUGAAGGAGCGGUGGGUGGCUGGGCAUAGAAUGUUUGAGGUUUCAUGGACUGGGCAGCCUGAAGUUGAAAACUCGGUUGUUCGGGCAGAACUGCUCACGAGGUAA